UGCAGACAUGGUUGUAGACUCCCUGUUUCGGGUCUUUGUGGAGUGUCUCUGGGGUCUAGAUUUAACCUGACCCUCCUCUCCCCUAACAUGUCUUGAAAACCCUAAUGUCUGCCUCUUUUCACUUCUGAUUACAGCUCAGGGUCAAUCACAGUUGGGCGGUUAAGGUAUUUGGGAGCUGUUUCUUCUUGCUUGUCCCUCGUAGUGAAAUUAUUGUGUGGUCAGACCUUUGUUCCCUCCUUCAGUCCCUCUCUGCAGGGUUGGUUUUUGACUCCAUCUGUGAAGGAGGCCCAGUUUUCCCACUGACGGAGGCAGCAGUUUGGUGCCAGUUAAUCAUUUCUGAUCUCUCCACGCUGCCUCACAGACUCGACCCUCUACACCUUUCAUUUAGAGAAGCGGUCUCCAUCUCUUCAGACAUGUUUCCCUGCUUAUUUCUUGUCCUGGUGUUUUGGGGCCCGGUUGGCGGCGGGCCCCUGACAAACCCCCACCCCGACAUGACGGACCAGGAGCUGUUCUGGGGCAGCGACCAGUACGACUUCUCCGUGGUGCUUCCUUCUGCAGGGUUGGAGUGUUUCUGGCACUUUGCUCACCGCGGAGAGAGAUUCUACGUGAGCUUCACGGUACAGUGGGUAACAGGGAUGGCCAAUGAUCACCGGCUGUUUGUGACGGUCAGCUCACCGCAGGGAGUUCUCAUGGCUUCAAAGAACGAAGCCGUCGGUCAAAUGAACUUCCAGACUGAGGUGACAGGUUUUUACCGGAUGUGUUUUGGGAACCACAACAACCAGUUUGGAAGCAUCAGGGUCUUUCUGAACUUUGGCGUCAUCUACGAAGGCUUUGAGGAGUCAAAGAGGGAGCUGGAGGAGGGAGAGAGAGUCCUCAACAGCACUUUGGCCGGUAUUGAGGAGAGCGUACAGAGGCUCCAGAAUCAGAUCUUCCACAUGUGGCGUCAUUACAACUUCGCCCGCAUGAGGAAAGGGAAGGAUCAGUACCUCCUCCUGUCCAACCUCAACUACGUCACCUGGUGGUCGGCGAGCCAAAGCUUGGUCAUCCUCCUGUCUGGAUACCUGCAGCUCCUCGUCCUCAAAAGACUCUUCCACACAGACUCCAGCAGGCCGCGAUGCUGA